AUGGCACCUAUUCUUGGUUACUGGGACAUUCGAGGGCUGGCUGAGCCCAUCCGUCUUCUUCUAAACUACACUGAAUUUAAGGAUGAGCGCUAUGAACUUGGUGAUGUCACCCUCCUCUGUACUCCCACCUCAUUCCUCUACCGGGCCAACCAGCCUUGCGUGACGGAAAGGGAUGAAUUACACAUCCUGGAUCAGUUCCAAGAAGGGAGUGAAAGAAAAUGGCAGUUUUCGAAGAUUUUUGGGGAUACGAGCAUCAACUCGAGUUUCAUGAGAGAAAUGAUGUCUUCAUACAAUUCACAUGAGGACAGAAACCAUCUCUUGGAUGCGGUCGAUCGAAGCCCUCGCUCACCGAAUGCGAUAAGACCAUGCUUCUACAUAUUGCAGAUCUUGGGCAUGUGGAAACCUAAAAACGGCAAGUUUGAAUUUUUAUGGCAAGUUUAUCGGGUGUUUGUGUAUAUCGUCUGGUCAGGAUGGCUUGCAGCUAUUAUGUGUUUGGAUUUUGUUCACUAUGGCUUUGAUACGAAAAAGAUUCAUUUCAGGGAAGUGACAAAUAGCGCUUGUACUUGCAUCGAUUUCCUGUGCCCUUUCGUGUUCACCCUGUAUUAUUUCAACCGCGGUCAGUUUGUAGAGUUGGUCUUCAAAGUACAGAAUGUUUCCCAUGGGUGGAAGCAGAAGUUACGCCGUAUUUCUUACAUACCCGCGGUUGUUUACAUCACAGGCUGGUGGGCAACAUGGCUCAGUAUCUAUGGAUUUAUUUGUCACGUCCAUAGUCUACAAAUUAAUACUGUUAAAGAAAAAAUUAGGAUGAGAGAACGCCGGCCAAUUUCUAUUUUACGAGAACACUUUGAGCUUCAGCAAUCAAUAGAGAAAACACAGAAAGAUUUCAAUGUCAUCAUUUCUAUGGCUGUAGCAUAUCAUAUAUUGGAUUUGCUAGUUUUUAGUUUUGCGUAUUUUAAUUCAGCCUUUGGUAGCGACUACCCUAUCUGGCAAUAUGUCGGUACUGUACUUUUCGAUUUGCUUAGUAUUAUUUUCAAGCUCUACCCUCCGGCUCUUGUGGCAGCAGCAUCACAUCGCAUAGUUGUAAAGGCUUCAAAAGGAUGCAGGAGAAGCCCCCACUUAGCAGACCUACCUACAGAAGAUAUACAGUUAUUCCAGUACACGGCACUGUGCGAGCCAGACAUGAGUCUCAAAAUUCUUGGAAUUCGUAUCACUGUAGAAUUAACAGUGAAGAUUCUUAUGACAAUUGUCACUGUUGGUGUAUCAUUUAUAGCUUUUGUUAUACCUCGGCUCAAGUAGAUGAAUUAUUUUGCGCUGUUUUUUUUCUACAGGAGACUCAUUCGGCAAGUAAAAAUGUAUUAGUUUCCUGUGUGCAGCUAUAAUGUUGGACACCUUAACGCCCCAGGAGAGGUAGAUUGACUUAUUCCGAAAGCGCAGUUUUUCAGCCAAGUCAGAAUAAAUUAACUUUUUACCCUUUUUUUUUUCAACAUAAAAACUUGUGAUAAUUUCCUCUGCGGAAAAAAAUUAAAGAUUGUCAUUCCAAAGAUCUGAUUGUUUCGAACUUCCGUGAUAUCUUUACAUUAAAGAAUCGAUCUCUGCGCAGUCUUCUUGGAGAUUUAAAAGCACAGUUUGAUCAAAUUUAAAACUCAACACCUUGCCGAAGCCUGUUAGAUGUCGUUUCCGGCUCGACCGUAAAGGAGAGACCAUUCAUUUGCAAGACACCUUGACACAUUUAUUUUCCUUUACAUUCAGCAGCUACUUGUUUUUGCCUACAAGGUUACUCAGGGUUUAUGCCUGGCCUUCUUAAAGAAUUUAUGGUAAAACGCGAGAUUAGGUAUUGUUGGCAACCGUCUGUCUCGGAAGACAAUGGAAAUCUGCACCUAAGAAGUAAAAUCACGUCAAGCUGCACCGCCGGCUGUGGCUGUGAAGCCCAAUGCGGGAGCCGCAGACCCGCUGGCAUUUGCGCAGGUUAAGUCAUUUGUGGGGGUUGGUGGAAUUGGGGCAGACUGGAGCCUCUGUCGCCUGCGAGUCCUCUUCACCUCCCACUGGCUCUCCCUCUUCAACUCGGCUUGUUUGACGCCGGCCUUGACAGUCGAUCGCCAGAGUGUACGGUCGGCUUUAUAGUUAUGAAAAAAAUAUGUGUUUAUAGAUUUCAAAACCAAAGACAGAUAUGGUUGAGAAGUUUAUCCAAUAAACGAGCGCUAUACUCUGGAACAGGCUUAGCAUUGAAAUUAGAAUGAACAGCUCGUUGGACAAUUUUAUAUGAGUAAUAAAGAAAAUCCUCUCUGAAUUUUACACAUUUUGACUUGUUUGUAUUUAAAGUAGGCUGAAUCUUAAUCAUAUAUUAGUAAUUUUUAUUGCUACUGUAAUUUAAUG